UCAUCCUCCUCCUCCUCCUCUCCUCUUCUCUUAUUUCAUCCUUCACAUUCGCUCAUAAUGCCGAUACUUCUCCCUCUCCAGAGAGCUCUAAAAUAACAUCAUCCCCUCAUAGUUCCCCAUCUCCCAAUAGCUCACCAUCGCCCACUGCCUCACCGUCCCCUCAUAUCUCCCAAUCUCCCGCUGCCUCUCCAGAAGCCCUAAACAUGGAUUCUCCAGGAGGCUUGCCAUUGCUAUUUCCAAUACUUCAUCCAUUGCCUGCAGCCAAUCCUGUGAUAAAGAAGGUAUGUGACGCAACUGAUCACCCAUCGGAAUGUAUGGCCUCCAUCGCUCCUUUCCAUAGUGGAGAAUCCGAUCCCAUUUCCAUAUUGAAAAUGGAAAUGCAAGCUCUCCGUGAAGGUUUCAAGAAAGCGACAGUCAAGGCCACGCAAUUAAAUGAAGAUCCGGCCAUAUCAAAUCAAGUUAAAGAGUGCUUGGACACAUGUCUUGAGACAUAUGAUACUGGUCUUUUUGAUCUCGAUGAUGCCCUUGAAGCAAUCGCUGCUCACGAUACGCCGAAGCUUAGAGCCGUCCUUAGCGUCACUAUAUCAGAUAUCCAAACUUGCGAGGAAGCUUUCAUAGAGAAGGACAAUGAAGAAGAAUCCCCAAUGAAGGCGUUAGAUGAGGAGUUGAAGAAGUUAGCUACCAACAACUUGGCCAUUGCUACUUCAUUGCUCCAUUAGAUGUCGUAUAAUCAUUAUUAUUAUAGUGUAAGGAGAGACGUCUUUCUUCUUAUAGCCUUUUUUUUU